CCCCUAGUCUGGCUGGUAGAGAUUGUUUGUUGCUACGUUCAUCGCUGAAAGCUUGACCGAACACGUAUUAUCCUCAUCCUCUUGCCUUUGCGCAUUCGAUCUCUGGUUGUCCCAAAGAGAAGCGCAUUGAGAGAUCAUGUACUCCCGCAUCAGAACCGUUUCUCGGAUCCUCAGUUCCCCUGCCAAACCUUUUUCCUCAUCGUCCACAGCCACGCCCUCCACCUCUCCGUCUCAAUAUCCUCAGACUCUUGCGGGUCUCCGAGCUCGGCUCGCGGAGGAAUCGCCAUCUCUCUCCGACUUCGUUGACUUGAAGUCGAACAAUUCAUACUCUGUCGAGGUUGGCACGAAGAAGAAGCCGCUACCCAAGCCCAAAUGGAUGAAGGAAUCGAUUCCCGGUGGUGAGAAGUAUGUGCAGAUCAAGAAGAAGCUUCGGGAAUUGAAGCUUCACACGGUGUGCGAGGAGGCCAGAUGCCCAAAUUUGGGUGAGUGCUGGUCUGGCGGUGAAACGGGAACUGCCACCGCAACCAUCAUGAUUUUGGGAGAUACCUGUACUCGAGGUUGCAGAUUUUGCAAUGUGAAGACAUCUCGAACUCCUCCCCCACCUGACCCCGAGGAGCCCACCAAUGUGGCUGAAGCAAUUGCAUCAUGGGGUCUGGAUUAUGUGGUUAUAACCAGUGUUGAUCGUGAUGAUUUACCUGAUCAAGGUAGUGGUCAUUUUGCUGAAACAGUGCAAAAGCUGAAGGCAUUGAAGCCAAGCAUGCUUAUAGAAGCCUUAGUUCCUGAUUUCCGAGGAGACGCUGGCUGUGUAGAGAAGGUUGCCGAAUCAGGAUUAGACGUCUUUGCACAUAACAUUGAGACUGUGGAGGAGCUUCAGAGUGUUGUAAGGGAUCAUCGUGCUAAUUUUAAGCAGUCUAUUGAUGUUCUAAUGAUGGCCAAAGAUUAUGCUCCUGCUGGAACUCUCACCAAGACGUCAAUCAUGUUAGGCUGUGGGGAAACACCCGAUCAAGUUGUAAAGACAAUGGAGAAGGUGAGAGCAGCUGAUGUUGAUGUAAUGACAUUCGGUCAGUAUAUGAGACCUUCAAAGCGCCAUAUGCCAGUAUCUGAAUACAUUAUGCCCGAGGCUUUUGAGAGGUAUCGGAUGCUUGGCAUGGAUAUGAGAAUUGUCAGUACCUUGCCACUCCAUGGUGAAGAAUGCCUUACUUUUCAAUCUCGCAAUUAGCAUGGCUUGGUGUCACUGCAUAUAGUUAUCAAGGUGUAGCACCGAACGUGGCAUUCCAAACUGAUAACCAUGCGUGUAAUAAUGGUGAUUUUAUCUUUGAAUUAUUAUAGCGUGGCAAAAUUUUAAUUUG